AUGAGGUGGAAGAAGAAUAACUUCGCGACCGGGAGACCCAUGGGGCGGCGCACAAUUGGCCCAGCGUCAUCCAGGGUAUGGGAGGGAAAGGCCGGCAGGGAUGUAGCUCAGUUGGUAGAGCAUGGCGUUUGCAACGCCAGGGUUGUGGGUUCGAUUCCCUCGGGGGGCCAGUAUGAAAUAAAAUACAAAAUACAAAAAAAUAAUGUAUGCACUCACUAACUGUAAGUCGCUCUGGAUAAGAGCGUCUGCUAAAUGACUAAAAUGUAAAUGUAAAUAAUGCCAAACUGGCCUGGCCCCCUGUAGCCUAUGGUAGGUGAUGCAACAGCAUAUCCUUUGAUGGGAUUAUUUCCUACCAUCCGUCUCCUUCAUCCGUGCCACGCCUGGCGGCUUUUCAUUUUCACACUGCCUAGCAUCUAAUUGAAUGGGAAUGCGAGGAAGACCCCUGGCCACCAACGCUCGCCCCUCCCUCACAGGCUCGGCCUCCAGCUGGAAGGCCAGAUGUUAGCCAGCAUGCCAAAGGCUAUUUAGUGCACUACUGCACUACAGCACUACUGCUUAGGCCCCUUUAUGAACUGCAAUGUAGCUCAAAUGACUUCCCCCCGUUCUAUUCUCUGUAUAGAAUUGCGGUUGAGCUGCAUCGACGCAGCUGCUGACAAAGUGCUAUUUCUCUGCUCAGUAGUGAAGUGAUGGUCUGUUGAAUAAAUAAAAUGCCCUGAAUUAACAUUUCCUCCACAGCUGUCAGCCCCAUCACACUUAGCGAGUUGCUCCCUCAGUUUGGCCACAGUCUAACUCUCCUCUUGUGUGAUGUCAUGUCGGCCUACGUCUUCAGAUAGUGGGCUGAACGAAGCAGAGAGCAGCAAUAGAGUCAGGGAGAAACCAGAUAUGGUCAUUACUGAUAGCUAAAGGCUAACCAUGUGGCUAAGCUCCAAGCCACCAUCUCAGUACAGUCAGAGCCCCGGGGAUGGUCCUCUCCUCCUCCUCUCUUCCCCACUGGCCACAGCCGUCACUCAGCCUCAAGCUCCAUAAAUCUCCUCAACCACACAGCUCCUAUGUCAACUAAAUGAAAUGCUAUGAUUUCUUGAGAGACUGUUGGUUAUUCUAUUGGUUAUAUUUAAUCGUUUCCAUAUGAAGUUGCUGCUACCCCUUCUUUUUGUUGACAUGAGCAUUUUGAAGAUGGUUGUGUCCAUGAAAAACAGAAAUAAACAACUGUGCUAGUAAACAAGGAGUUUGAUGCUGGUAUCUUGUGUCUUUUGUUAGCCACAGACACAGCCCACUUUUUUGACAGCUUUGCUUCGUCUCAGUGCUCUGAAUUUGGGGCUGGAUGUAAUUUGGGGAAGGGGGGGGGGGGGGUUUUGACCUCAUUUAUCUUUGUCUGAGUCUGUUUCUAUUCAGAGUCAGACCUAUAAAAAUACCCUCCAAAUGAAAUGCCAUCCCAUCCCAGAUGAGAAGUUUGACCAACAACAGAUGGAUGCCUCAAACUGUAAAUUGCCAACAGUGGUUUCUGUAAUAACCACAUGACAUGUGUUUCAGUAGAAAGUUUUUACUAACCCAUCUCAGAUUUAGUUGCCUAUACUGCUUGUGUGUGUGUUAUGGGAGUAGAGCAGCAAGCACAUGUUUGUCUCUUUCCGUCUAUUCUAUUCAGUAGAGACAUGUGAAGCCAUUUGAAAAGCCCUUCAUGCAUUUUGACAACGCAUAGACUGUAUUAGCACCUCAGCGUUCUCCACCAUCCCUUAUAGUGUCUUUCUCUCCUCUCCCCUCCAGAGCCAGGCCCUUCUGUGCAAUGGGCCCCGUACCCCUGUGUCUCCUGCUCUCAGUGACGUUGCUGGUCGUGGUGGUGGCUGUGGAAGCCCAGGAGGCCACAGGAGGAAAUGAUGAGUUUACCUGGCCGCAGUGGAAGGUGCCGCUGGUGAGGAACAGGAGGACGGUGGCCCUUAGCAGCCCCGGCUUCACGGCCAAACCUCAGGGAGAGCUGAACGGGACCUGUGGAAUUGAGUGCCAGCGUCGCCUCCCCGACCCCUCUCUGGCUGACCUGGAGGAGUUCCUGUCCUAUGAGACGGUGUACGAGAACGGAACGCGCACCCUGACCUCCGUGUCUGUGCAGAGCCUCAACGAGGUCAACGCAUGGCCUGCUGGGAACUCCUCCUCUUCCUCCAAGUCACGCCGCAAACGGGAGGUCUACGGCACCGACACCCGCUUCAGCAUCGCUGACAAGCAGUUCUCCACUAAGUACCCCUUCUCCACCUCCGUUAAGAUCUCCACGGGCUGCUCUGGUGUCCUGUUAUCCCCCAAACACGUCCUGACGGCCGCCCACUGCAUCCACGACGGACAGGACUACGUGAGUGGAGCAAAGAAGCUACGCGUGGGCGUCCUCAAGGAGAAAUCCCGGCGUGGGAAAGGAGGGAAGGGGAAGAGAGGACGGGGGAAAGGCAAGAGGAGGAUAGGAGGAGAAGACAAGGAAGAGGAAGAGAAAGAAGAGAAAGAUGGAGGGAAAGAGAGGAAAGGAGGGAAAGGGAAAGACAGAAAGAGCCGCAGUCGUCGCAGCGCAGAGGUCGAGAAGCCAUCCUUCCGGUGGACCAGAGUGAAGCAGACCCAGGUCCCUAAAGGCUGGUUCAAAGGCGGGGCGUCGGACGGUGUGGCGGCUGACUACGACUAUGCCGUGCUGGAGCUGAAGAAGGCCCAGAAGGUCAAGCACAUGGACCUAGGCGUCAUCCCCUCGGUCAAGAAGCUGCCCGCCGGCAGGAUCCACUUCUCAGGCUUCGACGACGACCGGCCCGGCAACUUGGUGUACCGCUUCUGUUCGGUGUCGGAGGAGUCCAAAGACCUGCUGUAUCAGUACUGCGACGCCAAGCCCGGCUCCAGCGGCUCCGGGGUCUACAUCCGCCUAAAAGAGCCCGGCAAGAAGAAGUGGAAGAGGAAGAUCAUCGGUGUGUUCUCGGGCCACCAGUGGGUGGACGUCAACGGCAAAGGGGCGCAGCAGGAUUACAACGUGGCGGUGAGGAUAACGCCCCUCAAGUAUGCCCAGAUCUGUUACUGGAUCCAUGGGGACUCCAGCAAGUGCCGGGACGCCUGAGGGACACACAACAUGCCACAACACUCCUCCACCCUUCAUCACCAACGAACCAGGGGCCCGCCCGACUGACUCUCCUCUGUCUUCUUCUCUAUUACCUCCUGUGCUUCCCACUGGCAACUGGCACAGAUUGCCUCAUGACAGCAUUCAUCGCACACAAGCGGCCAUACAGACUCACUGUUGUUGAUUACAGGAACUCGUCAACAGAUCAAAGAGAACUAUGGCUGUUCUGCCUCGUCUAAUUUAUUUAAUUAUUAAAAAGCAAACAUUCUAGAAAUUUAUGAAUAUCAUGAUUAUUAUCCUACUAGGUCUGUGUUCAUGCUUACGGGAAUAUUAUGACUGAUUUUUAGGUUUGACCAAUUUUGAUAACAUUUUGUAUAUUCAGCUGUUUCAGGGGAGCGAUGCUUGUUAUUUCAUAUAUUCCAGGCAGGCUUAAUUAAUGCAGAGACGUUAACAUUUUCAAAUGUGUUCCGUUUUCUAGCAAAAGGAGCAAGAAAGUUUGCAUUGGCAUUGGUGAACGACCCAGAAAAAAGCUACAUUUUUUCGGAGAAAUUAACAUUCAAGUAUAUUAAGAGGUUAUAACUAUCUUUUUUCUAAAUAAUUUCUAAAUCAAAAUAAAAAAUAAAUAAAAUAGUGCUGGUGUUUGAAAUAAUGUAUAUUUAGCUCUCUGAGUUUCCUGUAAUGUCCCUUUUUGUAAAACUACCUUUUCUUAUAAGAUGAUGUUUCUAUGACUAAAUAGUGAAAUGUUCCAGAAGGAUCCU